AUGGAAGGCGAAGAGUCACGUCUCAUUGAUGCCAUUAAGGAUCUCGACUUGCUCCUCUCGUUUUCUCUGUGGAAGAAGCCAACGUCAAAGAGUGUUAUAGAAUCAAGAAAGGCACGCCAAAUGGGCAACGAGCUCUAUACAAAGAAUAAUCACGACUUGACAACGCAUAAGGAAAUCCUACGGUUUUACACGAAGAGCAUCGUCUACGCACCGCCUGGCUGUCAGGAGCUUGGAUUGGCAUUCGGCAACAGGUCCGCCCUUCUCGUGCAUUUGGGGAAGUACCGCGAGGCAAUCAGCGACAUCGACCUGGCCCUCAGUUUUCCUCUACCGGAGAUCUAUGUGGUUAAAUAUUUAUGCAGAAAAGUUGAGUGCCAAGCAGAAUUGGGAAUGGUAGAAGCUAAAGAUACGUGCGAAGAAACAAAAAAAGUGCUACAAGAUUUAUGCGUCAGUGUUAAACUAAAGAAAGAUGUCAUAAUAAAAUUAGUGAAGGCCAUUGUUAAAUUGGAGAAGCGGAAUUUCAAAAUAUUAGAAUCCGAUCAAAAACAGAAAUAUGCUAAUACAGGUUGUGAAAAGUCGAGCGAAUGUGAAAGUGCCUCUAAAGCCGUCGUAAUAAGCCGCAAUAGCCGUUACUUACGCUUCGGACGGCAUUUAUUAGCGGAUCGCGACAUUGCACCAGGUGAAGUUCUCUACGUCGAUGAGCCCUACGUAUCAUUUCCUAUGCAGACGUACUUAUACACAAAUUGCUCACACUGCCUAAGGUUCGCUUGGGCUGGUUUACCAUGCGAUACCUGUACCUAUGCAAUAUACUGCACAGACAAAUGUAAACGUACGGCUCAAGAGCUCUAUCAUAAUGUCGAAUGUAAUAUCAUUCACAGAGGUUGGAAGGUAUAUGAACGUAUGAACUCAGCCAGAUUAAUGAGCGUGAGACUACUUAUAAUGGCUAUGAAGGAGGCCGGAAGUUUGGAGAAACUAAGGGAAGAUUUCAAAGAGAUUGACAACUCUAGAGAUCAACGCAAAAAAGGAUUUUCGAAAAAUCAAACGGUAUUUAUUAACAAUUACAAAAGCGCAUAUAGUUUAUUAACUCAUAUGAAACAAAAAUCAAUCAAUGAGUUAAUAGCCGUAUCAAGAGAUUCAGCUGUACUUUUGUACUUUAUAGCUAGAUAUACAAAACUGUUUAGAAAUCAUUUCGAUUACGAUAAAAAAGCUCUCAUUGUUAGCGAAGAUGCAUUAUUCGUUGGAAAACUUCUUUCUCACUAUCAACAUCUCAUUUUAAUCAAUGCUGUUACGAUUAAAGAUGUGGAUAUUGCGACAUCGACAGAUUGGAGCUGGACAGUUCCAAAAGAAGAGAAUUGUACUGGUUUAUAUCUUACUCCAUUCUUGAGUCUUUUAAAUCAUAGUUGUCAUCCAAAUAUUGCCAAAUGUGAAACAAAGGAUAGGAAAACAAUUUUGUAUUCAAUUCGACCAAUCACUAAAGGUAGUCAGAUAUUUGAUUGCUAUGGCCCAACAUAUUUAGAAUUAUUAAAAACAAAAAGGCAAAAUCUACUGAAACGAUUUUAUUUUUUCUGCGACUGCAUUGCAUGUAAACAAAAUUGGCCAAUUUUUAUGAAUACAAUAAGAAAUGGACUUACAUUUACUACUUUGUCACGUUCUGCAUUCGAAGCAACUUCUAAAGAACAUAAAAAGUGCGAUAAAAUACUUCAGUCUUUAAAAGAUAAAGAUGCUAAUAUUGAUAUAGAUACCAUUCAAGAUUUAGCUUAUGCAAUUAUUUUAACUAUAAAGUACUGUAAAUCACCAAAUUGGAGAUUACCGAGUCUUAUAGCCACUUUAAUUGCUGUUUUUAAUGAAUUAUAUGGAUAUGUAAUUAAUAUCCCUGCAACGUGUUAAGUAAGGAAA